AUGCUCAUCCUUUUACUCAUUGUUUGGGUAUCAUCGGCAACAGCGUACAAAUCGACCACAUACUCACCAACCGGGGGUGGAGUCUACUUGACGUCUCAGCAGCCACACGAUGGAAAAGGACAUCUGCUAUCGGCCACGAAAAAAAAAGUAGUCCACGACGAUUGGGUACUCGAGAACUCCUUGCUUCAAAGUGACUGGCACAUCGAGGAGGACCCAGACGUGGAGACUUGA